AUGGAGCAUCUACCAACUAUCGACUCGCGUGUAGAGACACUCCGGCUGGUCUUUGGAUCUUUUUUACGUCUCAUUAUUUAUUCUGUCACUUACUACACGGGACGAGGCCUGUUUUCGCAGUAUGUGCUACGUCGUAGAGGUUCUGUUUCACAGUCGAAGCAGUCAAUGAUUUCGUAUGUGGCUUCCCAGGGACUAGAAAUUGGUGUUUCAGUGAUUAUUUGCCCAGUGCGGUACCUUGCUGCGGUGACAACCCCACGUUUCCUUUUUGAUUACACGCUCACUGGCUGGUCGGAGAUUUUGCGAACGUUGGACCUCUUUUCUCCGGGACGCUUUGCAUCGUACGCCGUUUAUGCCUUCUCGUCUACAUCGGAGUGGGAUUUGGACUUUUUCGUGUGGCAAAUGCCCUCAGUGGCGCUCACACUUGCAAAACUAUGGUACCGUCGCCGCCAUCUCGGGACCAAAAAAUGCUGCACCACACGUGUUUUACUAAUGCUUCCCCUUCAAAUACUUUUGCGGGCGUACCUUUCUUCAUUUUCCGUUAUGAUUCCUGAAUGUGGCGAGGAACUAUUGGAGGCUAUCGUCUCUGCUGGGUUGGAGGCUGGCGUGUCGGCUUAUAUAAUCCGCAACACUUCCCCUUUCGUAGAGGAGAAUAAUAAACUGCGCCUAGUCGGAACCUUAAAACACCACUCGAUAGGUUCUCAGGCUGGGGAAAGGGAAGACGCAAAUAAAAAGCAAGAAUAA